UACAGCAAACAAAACCAGUUUUGUUGAUCAAAUUGGGGCCUAAGACAGACAGACAGGCAGACUCUAUGUUGUUUUAAAAAUGACUUAAAAUUAAUGUGGUGAACUGAGGAAACCCUGUUUGAGGCUAUUUCCUGUACUCUGCCAAGGACCGGAAGGAUUUGGUCUGGGUGGUAAAACAGCACAGAAGGUUGUGGGAACUUUUUCCUUAAACCUGAGCAGUGCAUGCUGCACUACUUUAUACCUUGAUGCACCUUGGUGUUGCAAUAACAACUUAUCUAAUUUAUGGUUUAUUGCCUCACUCAAGUGCCUUUAUAUAGAUAGAAGACGCUACCUUUUCAUAUUUAUCUUGUUGUCUAUUUCUGAGUUACCAAACAUAAUUUCGUUAUGUGCCUACAAUGACAAAUAAAAGUGUCUUGCGUCGUAGCUGUUACAUUACAAUUUUCCCACAGGCCCUGAACACAGCAUCAGUCACUAUCAUGUGAUGUCCUGUCAUGUGGUGCAGUCACUUCCUACUGAUUUGGUCCGGAGCAGACAGACUCUGCUGUAUCAUGUCGUCUUAGUCGGGCUCCUCAGACAUUAUCCACUGCAGUGAACAUGUUGUUUCGGUAUAAAUCCAGCCGUUGUGCGUCUCUGAAGCUGGGCCUUUGGUUCGUGGCGAGUCUUGGAUGUUUGCUAGUCCGGUCCGGAGCAGAGGAGGACAGCAGCAGCCUGUGGUACCAGGACCUCUGCAGUUAUAAAUGGGAAGCUGUGGACCGGGAUAACAAUGUGAGCUACACGUUGAAGCUCUGCGAAUCUUCACCGUCAACCAGCUGCGGCCCCGGCACCGCCGUCUGCGCUAGCAGCCUCAAAACCAACACCAAACAGUCUGUUGGUGAGCUGUCCCUGCAGAGGCUCUCUGGCACAGUGCUGGAUUACAACAGCACAGAAAAAUGUCCAGAAAGCAGCAACAGCAUACAAUCCAGCAUCAGCUUCCAGUGUGGGAAGACCAUGGGGACCCCGGAGUUCGUCGCUGUUUCUCAGUGUGUGCAUUACUUUGAGUGGAGGACCUACACCGCCUGUAAGAAAGAUAAAUUCAAGCCACACAAAGAGGUGCCCUGCUACGCCUUUGACUCGGACGGCAAAAAGCACGACCUGAACCCUCUGAUCAAACUGAGCGAUGGAUAUCUGGUGGACGACGGUGACGACAGCAUCGACUUCUACAUCAACAUCUGCCGCAGUCUCAACCAUCCAGACAAAUCCUGUCCAGAGGGCUCUGCAGCUUGUCUGGUCACCAGUGACGGCUCCUACAACAUGGGCUACCCCACCAAAGCACUGGAGCUGGUGGACAGCGACAGUCUGAGGUUACAGUAUGAGCUGAGUGCUGAUUCGUCUCCUCCAGCCAUCUGUAAGGGUCACCAUCCUGCCGUCACCAUCACCUUCACCUGUCCAUCAAGCAGACAUUCGGGUAGCACUCCGAAGAUGACAGCAGAGCUGAACUGUCGUUAUGAGGUGGUGUGGGUGACUGAAUACGCUUGUCACAGAGACUACCUGGAGAGCCACACCUGCAAACUGACCAGCGAUCAGCACGACAUCUCCAUAGACCUGACGCCUCUCACCAUGGGCUCUACAGACCAUCCAUACUAUGCACAUUCUGAGUCCAGUGACGGGGCUGAAAGCUACGUCUACUACCUGAACGUGUGUGGACAGAUCCACAACAAAGAAUGUGGCGACGACCCGUCCAUAUCGUCCUGCCAGGUGAAGAAGAACGGAGACGUGAAGAAGGUGGCGGGGAGACACGUGAACCAGACGUUACGUUACUCAGAUGGAGAUUUGACUCUGAUCUACCCAGACGGUGACAGAUGCUCCACCGGCUUCCAGAGAAUGACCAUCAUCAACUUUGAGUGCAACAAGAAUGCAUCCAACGGUGGCCGAGGGAACCCGGUGUUUGCGGGCGAGACGGACUGCACUUAUUACUUUGAUUGGGAGACGGCCUUCGCCUGUGUCAAGGAGAAGGAGGAUCUGCUGUGUCGGGUCAGAGAUGGAAACAAACACUACGACCUUUCACCUCUAACAAGAUACCCCGGCUCAGAUGUCAGUGGGAACUGGGAGGUGGUGGACGCCAACUCUCCAAAGCCGGAUUCACGUUUCUACCUGAACGUCUGUCACAAAGUCGUCCAGACAGGCGGCGCCGCCGGCUGCCCGGUGAACGCCUCCAUCUGUGCCAUCGAUAAGGAUCGUGGGCCCAUCAGCCUGGGCAGCUUCCUCUCAUCUCCCCAGAAGACAAAAAUAGGGAAUGACAUCAGACUGGUGUACACUGAUGGAAGUUUUUGCCCCAAUAAAAAGAAGAGGAUCCAAACUAUCCUGACCCUAAAGUGUAAACCAGGAGAUCUCGAGAGUGCUCCUGUCCUUCGUACCGUUUCAUCUGAUGGAUGUGUGUAUGAACUGGAGUGGUACACUGCUGCUGCCUGCGUCCUCUCGAAAACACAGGGAGACAACUGCAAAGUGGAGGACCCUCAGGCUGGGUUCUCUUUCAGCUUGUCAUCUCUCACCAAACACGACGGCUUCUACAACCUGACCAGUGGAAACUACGACUACUUCAUCAAUGUUUGUGGCCCCGUCAAAGCUGCCGACUGUCCUGAGAAGUCCGGAGCGUGCCAGGUCGAAAAGAGUUCCUGGAGUCUCGGGGAAGCAAACUCUCGCCUGUCUUACUACGACGGCCUGAUCCAGCUCACCUACAGUAACGGCUCCCAGUACAACAACAAAGAACACACGCUCAGAUCCACUCACAUCUCCUUCCUCUGUGACCCAGAAGCUGGAGUUGGAAACCCAGAAUUCCAGGUUGAAGACAAUUACACAUAUAACUUCCGCUGGUAUACAUCCUACGCAUGUCCUGAAAGGCCUCAUGAGUGUUUGGUGACAGAUCCCAAAAGUCUUGAGCAAUACGACUUAUCCAGCCUGUCUCGCUCCAGUAGCAACUGGCAGGCCAUGGAUUUGUCUGACACCAAGAACCUGAAGAAGUACUACAUCAACAUAUGCCGUCCCAUCAAAGCUGUGCCAGGCUGUGCCCGCGAUGCGUCCGUCUGCCAGAUGAAGUACAUAUCCCAGCAGGACUCUCUUAAGGAAGUCGUAUCAGUCAGUAACAUGGGUAUUUCCAAGCGAGGGCCGAUCAUUGAGAGCCGGGACCAGCUGCUGCUGGAGUUCACAGACGGCUCUGUCUGCAUUUCCGAAGGCCAGAAGCUCACGUACACAACACGCAUCCACCUGGUCUGCUCCAGAGGAACUCUGGCCAUGGGCCCGCGGUUCCUCAUGUUCCAGAACUGUACUGCCAACUUCAUGUGGGAGACCAGGGCGGCCUGCGCCAUCAGCACCACCAAGAACACUAGCUGUGCUGUUGUGGAUCCCAACACUGGCUUUGAGUUCAACCUUCAGCCUUUGGCUUCAAACACUGGAUACAAGACUCAAGGAAAUGGGAAGGACUUCCUGGUGAACAUCUGCUCAGAUGCGGCCGAGUGUGGACAGGGCAUGGCUGGCUGUGAGCUGGAAGAUGGGCAUCCCUCCAGCCCGGUGGGGGUGGAGAAGACCCUGCAGUACUCCACCGAUGGCCUGCUCAAACUAACGUACAAAGGACCCCUGGACGAUCCCACAGCCACUCGCGACACCUUCACCAUUAACUUUGUGUGUGAUCCAAACUCUCACCCUGGAUCAUUGAAACUACUGCGAGAGGACAUGAGCUCUCUGCCGAACCGUGUGGUCCACGACGUCCUCUUUGAGUUCUCCACCGCUCUGGCCUGCAUCCCCGCUCCAGUGGACUGCGAGUUUAGUGACACCCAUGGUAACAAGUACGACCUGAGUCACCUCAUCCGGAAUGGAGAGGACAGCCCCUGGAUCGCCAUAGAUACAGAUACGGUUAAAUCACGUCGCUUUUACAUCAAUGUCUGCAAACCUCUCCCCCCCGUGGAGGGCUGCCCAGUGGGUCCUUUGGGUGCUUGUGGUCUGAUUGAUGGGAAAAGUUACAACCUGGGAUACGUCCAGUCCACGCCGCAGGUAGCCGAGAGCGGCUCCAUCAGCAUCACGUACCAGAACGGGGAUCUGUGUGGACCCUCAUCCCGCUACUCAACACGCAUCAUCUUAGAGUGUGAUGACAAUCCGGGCUCCCCGAUGUUUGACCGUAAAGAUGCCUGUGAAUAUGUGUUCAUCUGGAGGACAUCUGAGGCCUGCCCUAUCAGGAAGUCUCAAGGUGACGAAUGCCGGGUUCGUGACCCACAGAGUGGCUACGAGUUCAACCUGAGCUCUCUGAAGGGAAGAGAUUACCCCGUCCCGAGUGGUAAAUACACCUACCACCUGUCGAUCUGCGAGGGACUCAAGAGAGGCGUCUGCACCCACAAAGACACGGGCAGCGACUUGGUCUCCUCCUGCCAGGCUGAUGGAGACAACCACAAGAUUGCAGGAAUGGCCAACCAGGUCCUGAGCUACGUGGGAGACCAGCUCAUCCUGAACUACACCAACGGAGAGACCUGUCACAAGAUAUACCAAAGAUCAACAGAGAUUUACUUCUCCUGCCACCCAGACAAGCAUCCUGGAGAACCAGCGUUCAUCAAGGAGACUUCAGACUGCACCUACCUGUUCAACUGGCCCACCGCUCUGGCCUGCGUCCCAGUCAAAACCACCAGCUGCUCCUACAAUGAUGGUCAGGGCCACUCGUACGACCUCUCCUCUCUGGCUAUGGACUCUCAGAACUGGGAGGUGGAGACCUCCGAUGUGGACACGAAGAAACGAUUCUACAUCAAUGUCUGCAGGUCGCUGGUGCAGCAGGGAGGUUCAUGGAAGUGUCCCUCCAGUGCGGCGUCCUGUGUCAAGGACGGAGAUGAAUAUAUGAGUCUGGGGCAGGUGGACUCUGGUCCCACAUGGGAUGGAAAUAUCCUGGUGCUGCAGUACACCAGUGGCGAGGCCUGCCCUGACGGACACCGCACCAAGAGCAGCAUCAUCCGCUUCAAGUGUGACAAAGACAGAGUGGACUCCCGGCCCACUCUGAUCUCUGCCCUCGAGGAGUGUGUCUACACCUUCCUGUGGUUGACAGCUGCUGCCUGCCCUCUAAACAGCACUCAGCAUGACAACUGCAGGGUCACCAACCCAGCUACAGGUCAUUUGUUUGACCUGAACGCCCUGACGAAGGAAGGUGGUUACACCGUCGCCGAUCAUCAGGACCAGAGGAAGACGUUCCACAUGAACAUCUGUGGAAACGCGGCCAACGACAAAUGCAGCCCUGAUACCGCUGUGUGCAUUGAGGACGGCACCACAGCGGUGAACGGUGGUCAGGUGAGCAGGAAACUCUCAUACAAGGAUCAUGUUGUGGAGCUGAUGUAUGAAGGAGGAGAUCCCUGCCCGGCGAACCCCAGCCUCAAACACAGCACCAUCAUCCAGUUUAUCUGCAGGCCAUCUAACAUGGGCUCAGCCCCCGCAGAGCCAGUCCUCAUCGACUCCGAAACCGAAACCUGUACACACUUCUUCUCCUUCCACACACACCUGGUCUGUGAACAGCCUGUAAAAUGCUCAGUGGAAAACGGCUCCUCUCUUAUAGACCUGACUCCUCUGAUUCAUGUCAAUGGGUACUACACAGCAACAGAUGAAGCAGUAGACCAAAGUGAUGGAUCUUCAGACUUCUACAUCAACAUCUGUCUGCCCCUGAACCCCAUCCCUGGGGUCAACUGCCCCCCUGGAGCUGCUGUCUGUAUGGAUCCUGAUAGUGGACCACCAGUGGAUAUUGGACGGACGACCAGUGGCCCUGAGAUCGACAGCGCAACAGGAGAGGUGUCCAUCACUUAUUACAGCUCCACCAAGUGUGCAGAGGACCCUGCACAGAACUACUCCUCCACCAUUAUCUUCACCUGCCAGAGAGGCCUGGAGCUGGGCUCUCCACGAAUGGUGAGGCUGGAAUGUAUCUAUUUGUUUGAGUGGGCGACUCCUGUAGUCUGUUCAGAUGACACCCAUAUCAGCGGCUGCCAGCUCACUGACACCCAGCUCCAGUUCACCUUUGACCUUUCACCACUGAAAAGUGAAGUCCAGGUACCAGGACCGUCCAGCAUGUACCACAUCAGCGUGUGCGGCUCAGUGUCGGAGCCGGCCUGUAAGAAGAGUGCAGUUUGCCAGGUGUCUGGUUCCGGUGCAGACAAGUCGGCUUCGUCAUUUGGCAUCUCCAAGUUCAUGACUAUGAACUACAGACAUGAAGAGCAGGCCGUACUGAUGCAGUAUGGUGAGGGAGAUCCCUGCCCACCAGCCUCUGGUAAACGUCAGUCCUCCAUAUUGUUUACCUGCGACCAGUCUGCGGGCCUCGGCUCUCCACAGCUGCUCUCGGAGACGGCAGGUUGUUCGGCCACUUUCCAGUGGAAGACCAGUGCCGUUUGCCCCCCAAGGAAGAUGGAGUGCAAGCUGGUCAGCCAGCAUCAGACUUUCGACCUUCGAGCGCUGUCCUCCCUCACCGAGCCAUGGAAGUUUAGCCACAGCGGAGAUUCGUAUUUCAUCAACCUGUGUCAGGGUAUCCACGGCGGACUGCCAGGUUGUCCUGAGGGAGCAACUGUGUGUCAACACUCAGCAUCAGGACAGACUCACACCCUGGGCCGAGUUUACACUCAGAAAAUGAGCUUGACUGAUGGAAAGAUCUCCGUCAGUUAUUCAGCCGGAGAUGACGUCUGUGGUAACGGAGUGAAGGCGAAGACUGUGAUCCAGCUGAGCUGUGGCUCCACUGUUGGACACCCAGCGCUCAUCAGUGUUGAUAAGGCAUCGUGUGAGUUUGUGAUUGGGUGGGAGACUCGGUCGGCGUGCGCGGUGAAGCAGCGCGAGGUGGAGAUGGUGAAUGGGACGAUACAGGUUCCUGACACUGGAGCCAGACUCAGCCUGGGAGCGCUCUACUUCAGCCACCAUCAGGCAUCUGGAGACAUCCGUCCCAACGGCGACCGCUAUAUCUACCACAUCCAGUUGUCUGGCAUCACCAACAACUCCUUGUCCAGCUGUAUUGGUGCCAACAUCUGCCAGGUGAAGCUCAACGGUCCGUACAGACGCAGGAUUGGCUCCUCCAGCAAAGCCAAGUACUACAUUAAAGGAGGAAACCUGGAUGUGAUGGUGCCCUCUGAGUCUGAGUGUGGCCGGGAGAAAACCAAAAUGGUGUCAUCCACCAUCAUGUUCCACUGCAACCCCUCGGCAGGCGUCGGCAUCCCUGAGUUCAUGCUGGAGACGGAUGAAUGCCAGUAUCUGUUUGUGUGGCACACGAACGCCGUGUGUGGUCUGACAGCUGUUGAUGCGCGGUCAUACGACGACGACGGCAGCGACACUCCCGCUCUUUCCAGGCGGAGCCAGGCGAUGGGGGUGGUGCUGAGCCUCCUGAUGGUGGGUCUGUCUGUCUGUCUGCUGGGACUUUUGCUCCACAAGAGAGAGAGAAGGGAGCUCGUGAUCCAGAAGGUCGCUGGCUGCUGCAGGAGAGGAAACCAAGUCUCCUAUAAAUAUUCCAAGGUCAACAUGGAUGACGAAGGGGGCGAGGAGGAGAUGGAGUGGCUGAUGGAAGAGCUCGAAGCCCCUCCCACGUCCUCCUCCUCAUCGUCUCACCGGGGCAGGAGUAACCAUGGCAACGGUCACAUCAGGACCAAGCCGGUGAACACGGACGGUCUGCGCUCGUUCACGCUGGACGACCAGGACGACGACAGCGAGGAUGAGGUGCUGAGCGUCCCGGGGGUGCAGGUGGUCAAGUCGUCCGGACUGUCGAGGCACUCGGUUGCUCAUCGCAGCGCCUUCCUACAGGAGGAGAGUGACGAGGACCUGGUCGGCCUCCUGGACGACUCGGACCGGAAGCGGAAGAGCAGCAAACCUCGCUCCUCAGCCUUUAACCUCGGUAUCAACACGGCAGCCAACAGGAAACGGGACGAGGAUGACAGUGACGAGGACCUCCUUAGGGUGUGAUGUCACUUCCUCCCUCUCACUACCCACCUCCCAUCCUAUCUGAACUCUUUUUCUCUCAGUGAAUGUCUCCAUAAUAGCAGCAACAACAACAACAGUGAAAUACCAACAACACAAUGAAAGCAGAAACCUUUCCCCUUUUUUGGGAUUUUUUUUUUUUUUUUUGGGACUGCACCUUUACUCGGCCUACUCAGACUCUAUCCAGUCCACUGUCUACAGACUGUCGAUGUUAGCACAUGGUGGUAUAUUAUUUAUUGAUAGCUGAUUAUUUAAAGUGUUCUUCAGGCCAUUUUUUGACCUGCACCCUAUUUUUCUCAUAUUUUCUUCUAUAAUUCUGAACUGAAAUAAUUUGCUUCACUAUAGCUACUUCAGUUACGCCACAUUUAUCUAAUCAACAUCCGACAGGCCAGUUGAGACUUUAGGAAUGAACCCCGACGUAUUUACUCUGCAACGAGACGUGUCAGUGAAAAAGAUGUAAAUGAAAAUGAUAUCCAUCUUUUCCUCUAGUGUUUUGAAAUGAAGCUGUGCCAUUGCUUUAGCACUUUAUUGUAGCAUUGAUUAGCUGAGAAUGACACGUUUCAUUGCAGAAGGCGACAGCUACUUUUGGGGUCGUUCUUUUUAUUAUUAUGUCCAUCGGCCUGGACGUUAAAGGACGGUAUUAGAAAACUGUGGUGAAGUGUACAGUUGAAUAGUGGAACAAUGAAGCAGGUUUUGGGAGAAAAACAAUAGCUAUCAAAGGAAGCUCUCAGCUCCCAGGACGUAGGCAGGGAAGGUGUCGGCUUGUGUUGUUUCUAAAGGGAAUGAAGACACCCGUUUGUCUUUUCUUGCUGUUUACAGUUGCUAUAAUAGCAGAUCUUUUCUCUUUCUUUCCCCUCGAAAAGAAAAGAAAGCACGAUGCCUUCCUGAUGAUGAAUUUACUUUGCAUUUUCAUCAAUGAAUCAUGUCCGGCGACAGAUUGAUUUUUUUUUUUUUUUUUUGUCUUGUGUUGAUCAGAGACAUUGUACAUAGAUGAUAAUGUUCUAUAAUAUGGAUGUUUUUGUUUGUUUGUUUGUUGUCUUCACUGGUGAACUGCUCACACGUUUGUUUUCAAGAUUAUUUAAAUGGUUGUCUGAGCUGAUUAUCUGUAUGUCUCUGUGUUUUGUGUGGAAAUAGAGAUGGCCUUAUGUGUGAAUGGACGGUGGACGGAGGCGAAGAGUGAAGCUUGAGAUGUUAGUUUAGGUUGUGUUGGUUUUGAAGCACCCCAACCCCCCACCCCCCACCUCCUCCCUCCCGCUAAAGCCAUAUUUCCUCAGCCACCACUGGCACUAAUGACUGGGAAGUUGGGAAUUUUUUUCUCUGCUUGCACGCUCUUGUACAUUACAGGCUGGUUUGUUUUGGUCUGUGACGGCGGAUGUUGCUGUGUCAAAAGUGAGAUUUUAACUCGGUAAAGCCAAGUUUUUGUAGUGCCGAAAUCAGCCCCUUUUUAGCCAAAUGCAUGUGACGAUAAGACAGAAGAAAGACAUGAAGUAUUGAUAUAUGAAAAAUGCAGGCGAUUGACUUACAUUUAACACAUUUUCUGCUUAAUAAUCAAACUAGCGUUGCCACAAAGGAUGUCAGGAACGAUGGAAGACCCAUGGCUCAGCUGUGUGGGUAGAGUUUGUGAUUUUAUUGCUUUCUAAAAAUGGAAUCAAACUGACUGCGGUGUUCCCACAUCAGAGUGAUGAGGAAGCCUACACAGUAUAAGCACACACAGUAUUUGGGCGCCGUCUCGCUUGGUGGGUGGUUUUCAUUUAUCCCCACCCCAAGCGAUUGUUUUAAAGGUCAUUAAAAAUUAGGUUACAGACAAACACAAACUCGACUUUUACCCCAGUGUAGCUUUUGUAGAAAUGUUUAGAAGUGUAGCGGAGCAGCUUCAAAACGAAUCAAACUCAAGCUCCUGUCAUUUUGAGUCUGUGCUGUGCGCAGUGUUUGAUCCUCUCUGGUGCACAUACCAGUGAAGAACACAUUAAGAAAUAGUGUUUUCCAAGGUUGUAACUAGCAACUGUUUUCUUUAUUGAUUAAACAGUUGAUUAUUUUUUCAAUUAAUAGACUAUAAAAUGUAGUAAUAGUGAAAAACGCUCUCAGUUUACUCUGACGGUUUCAAAUGUUUUUUUCCCCCAAGCAUCAGUCCUAUGAAUGAAGAAAACAACCUUGGGAGAGCAGCCAUUGAUCCGUAGACGCACCAAAAGUAGGGCACUUACAACAGACUCUGUAUGUUUAUUAUUACAUGAUGAUUACAUGAGGGUGAAUUCACUUCUCUUAGUGUUCAGUCCACAUAAACUAGAGUUAGUAACAGACGUGAUGUCAUUGCUAAAAAUCUCUUAACCAAUCAGCAAGGAAAGUUCACCAUUCAGGGUAUUUCUAAAGCUUUUUACACAAAUUUGCUAAUCAAGUUUUUUGUAAGAUGCCACAAAAAAAAAUCUCAAACUGGCAUUUGCAUUGGAAACAUCAGUGUUUUAUAUGGAGGAGAUGGGUUGUGCCAUAAAGUGAAAUUAAACACGAACGAAUACAAAACAUCAUCAUCAUUCUGGUCCCUCUGCUAAAGGUUUCAGUCACUGAGAUCACAAGCUAAACUGGAUCUUUUUGACUCCACAAAGAUCAUGAAAAACUGAAGCUUUGUUUACAUCUUGCUCUAAAAUCUAACUUCUCAUGUUAUAAGUUAAUGAUUCGAGCGCUUCAUAGAAUAACCAUGUCAUUAAGCUGCUGAUCUGAAAUUAUGACGUGCUUUACCCAAAGUAAAAUCACCGAUGGGUUUCCAAAGAAAAGGUAAAAUAACUGCAAUGAAAUGUCACCAACCCAUAACUGAAAUAUGAUUAAAAGUUCAAAUUUGAGCCUGCUGACGUGACGGACAUUUUUAUUUUAAUAUUUUAAACAUUUUCAUUUAUUCAGCAUGUGGAGUUUCCGAAAAAAUAAACCUCAGCAGUCUUUGUGAAAUCACUUCACGAUCUCGACCUGAUCAGGAGGAGGUUUGAACUAGGAUGAAAAGCAUUUACCUGUGUUUGACACUUUGUGACUCAUCUCUCCUGAGGAGACGUCGUAGCACUCCUCAUUACAGAGAAGCAGAUGGUACCGUGAAGUCGUUUUUUUUUUUUUUUUCCAUCGUUGCAUAACGUCUGUUUUCUUCUGUAUUUAGCACCAAAGUUUGUGUGGCUCAUCUGCAUGGUACUGUACUGAACCACCUCUUUCCCAUCAAGAUAUGAAUGGACAUUCUUGUGCUUUUUUUCUGUCAUCACUCGAGCAGAGAACUGUUUGGGGUUAGGUGAAACUAAUUCCAUUUCUGAGAGCGAGGUUGAGAGCUACAUUCUGAAGCCGACAAACAAGCUGCCAGAAUACAGUGACUUAAAAAAAAAAAAAAAAAAAAGCACAAGAAAUUUUCUGUGAUGAUUGGGUACUAUGGGAGAUCAUUAUGUUUUAGUUGGUGUAAGUUAUGUUGUCUGAUAUGUUUUUCAGCUCUCUGCCUGUUUUCCUAUUUAAAAAAACAUUGAUGUAAAAAAUAUUACAUUAUUUGAAUAAAUAAGAGAUCCGCUGUUUA